AGCAUGACCAGUGACCGGCCGACUGGGAGAUUAGUGUGGACUUAGAACUGUCGAUCUUUCAUGGGCAUUAGAGCUUUUGUUUCAGCAGUGUUGGUCGCUUUUAUUGUUGGAGAUAUCUACCGAGAGAACAGAAUGGGCAAGCCAUGGGCUAGUGUGGUCAGCAAAGUCCAAGCCCCGGUUCAAAACUUUCUCCGUCCGGCCGUGUGGGUCCCAGGCCUUCGUAAUCUGCACAGCCACCGAGAGACAACGAUUUGCAGGUGGCGAGAGGUUUCAUCCGGGUGUUUGUUUACACGAGAGCUGAGUGGCUGGACAUCAUAGAGCUCACCUUCAAGGGAACGGAGGUGCAGGUCUGGUCAUUCUCCUCUGGUUUUCUCCCUUUGUUCAUCCCGUUUGCGUGUGUACUGAAUGUG